UAGACCGCGUGGAAGCUGAGCCCCCGCCUCUCUCUCACCCUCGGCAUCCCCGGGGCCACUCUCCCGAGGAGGACGCCAUACUCUGACCCGCCAGGAACCGGUUCAGGAGCGGCCCUUCCCUCUGGACUCGCGGCCCCGCUGCGGCAGUCGCGUCCCCGUGGGCCCUGCGCGAGUCCCCGCCGCGCCCGCGCUCGCCGGGGUCAUGGGCGCCGCCGGCUCGUCCCCGCUGGUCCGCCUCCGCCUCCCCGCGCUACUUCGGCCCUGGCUCGGGCUCGCCGCGCUGGGACUGGCCGCGGCGGCGCUGGGGACCGUCUCCUGGAGCCGCGCGCGGCCCAGACGGCGGCGCCGGCGGCUGCAGCAGGUGGGCACCGUGUCGCAGCUCUGGAUCUACCCGGUCAAGUCGUGCAGGGGGGUGCCGGUGAGCGAGGCCGAGUGCACCGCCCUGGGGCUGCGCUGCGGACACCUGCGGGACAGGUUUUGGCUUGUGAUCAACAAGGAGGGGAACAUGGUUACUGCUCGACAGGAACCCCGCCUGGUCCUGAUUUCCCCGACCUGUGAGGGCGACACCCUGACGCUCAGCGCAGCCUACACAGAAGACCUGCAGCUGCCCAUCAAGACACCCACCACAAAUGCAGUGCACAACUGCAGAGUACAGGGCCUGCAGAUCCAGGGCAGGGACUGUGGCGAGGCCGCGGCCCAGUGGAUAACGAGCUUCCUGAAGACGCAGCCCUACCGCCUGGUGCAUUUUGAGCCCCACAUGUCACCCAGAAAUUCUCACCAGAUAGAGCACUUGUUCCGGCCCACAGACCAGGUUGCCUACUCCGAUGCCAGCCCGUUCUUGAUCCUUUCGGAGGCGUCGCUGGCGGAUCUGAACUCCCGGCUAGAGAAGAAGGUGAAAGCAGCCAACUUCAGGCCCAAUAUCGUCAUUUCAGGAUGCGAUGUCUACGCGGAGGACUCGUGGAAUGAGCUUCUUAUAGGUGACGUGGAACUGAAGAGGGUGAUGGCUUGUUACAGGUGCGUUUUAACCACAGUGGACCCGGACACCGGCAUCAUGAGCAGGAAGGAGCCGCUGGAGACCCUGAGGAGUUACCGCCUGUGCGACCCUUCUGAAGAAAAGCUAUAUGGAAAAUCGCCUUUCUUCGGACAGUAUUUUGUCCUGGAGAACCCAGGGACCAUCCAAGUGGGAGACCCUGUGUACCUGCUCGGCCAGGAAUAGGAACCAUAUGACCUGGAAGAGCCGAAGCCUUUAAAAGACAUGACCUCACAAAUGCCAACCCUGGAAGCGCAGUGUUUUGGAACUGACACUUCGGCACUUUCUUAGAUCUGUGAGCGUCAAGUCUGUGUCUUUUGGACUUUGUGUCUGGGUGCUUCCAGCCUCUCAGUGCCCAAGGCAAAGAAAGAUAGUUUUAACAGCAAUUCAGUAAGUCACUGAGUGUUAAGACAGGAUUCUAAACGUUGCUCGAUGAACUGUGAUUAUGGAAUAAUUCUCUUUCUCCAGUCACCUACCUAGAGGGCUACCUCUGUCAUCUCAUUGCUACUCUUUAGGGACAGAGGAGAGAAGAGAAAGGGGGAAAGUGGGGUCAAGAAGAUGUUCUGCUGUCUUGUUACCCCAAGCCUGGGGUAGGCAGUGGAAAUUUAGUAGCUCUCCAAAUAAGGCCAGACUGUCAUUUCACGUUCUCCUCAAGCCUUAGACUAGCUUUUUUUUUUUUUUUUGUCUUUUUAGGGCCACACG